CAUUAAAACCACUCAAGACGUGACUCAUCAUUCAUUCAUCUGUUUGUCUCUUUAUUACUAUCUCAAAUUCUCAUCUCUAUUCACCCCUUUGCUUCUGAAAUAACAUGGGUAGCCUUGAAACAGAAAGAACAACAAUAGGUUUGGCAGCAAGAGACCCUUCAGGGGUUCUCUCCACAUACACAUACACUCUGAGAAACACAGGACCCGAUGAUGUAUACAUCAAAGUUCACUACUGUGGAAUUUGCCAUUCUGAUCUCCACCAAAUUAAAAAUGAUCUUGGCAUGUCAAAUUAUCCCAUGGUCCCCGGGCAUGAAGUGGUUGGAGAGGUACUAGAGGUGGGUUCUAAUGUUACCAGGUUCACAGUGGGAGAGGUGGUUGGAGCUGGACUUCUCGUUGGGUGUUGCAAAAACUGCAGGGCAUGCCAAUCAGAUAUUGAGCAAUACUGCAACAAAAAGAUCUGGUCUUACAAUGAUGUUUAUACUGAUGGAAAACCCACACAGGGUGGAUUUGCUGAAACCAUGGUCGUUGAGCAGAAGUUUGUUGUGAAAUUACCAGAGGGUUUGGCACCAGAGCAAGUUGCACCCUUGUUGUGUGCAGGUGUGACUGUGUAUAGUCCACUUUCACAUUUUGGUCUGAAAGAGAGUGGGUUGAGAGGUGGAAUAUUGGGGCUUGGAGGAGUUGGACACAUGGGGGUGAAGAUAGCAAAGGCACUGGGUCACCAUGUGACCGUGAUAAGCUCUUCUGAUAAGAAGAAAAAAGAGGCUCUUGAGCACCUUGGAGCUGACAAUUAUCUUGUUAGCUCUGAUGCCACUGGCAUGCAGGAAGCUGCUGAUUCACUUGAUUAUAUUAUUGACACUGUUCCUGUUGGUCACCCUCUUGAGCCUUAUCUUUCGUUGCUCAAAGUUGAUGGCAAGUUGAUCUUAAUGGGUGUGAUAAACACCCCUCUGCAAUUUGUUAGUCCUAUGGUUAUGCUAGGGAGGAAAUCAAUCACGGGAAGCUUCGUUGGGAGCAUAAAGGAGACAGAGGAGAUGCUAGAGUUCUGGAAAGAGAAGGGUCUGAGUUCGAUGAUCGAAAUUGUAAAGAUGGAUUACAUUAACAAAGCCUUUGAAAGAUUGGAGAAGAACGAUGUGAGAUAUAGGUUCGUUGUGGAUGUCAAAGGCAGCAAACUUGAUCAGUGAAAAGUAAACAAACAUGACAACAAUAUCAUCAAGAGUCUGCAUAUGUUAAUUAAGUCACUUUUGUUUGUUUAUUGAGGAGUGCACUGUUUUUCUCUGCUUUGGUUUCGCACACUUUAUUGAUCUAAUUUGUGAUACCAUAUUCUCAAGGAAAUCAAACGAUACCAAACUUCCUACUAGAAUGCAAAUGAUUUCGUUGUUUGAAAUGUGGGUUUUGUUGUACCAUUAAAAAAAUAAUUUUUGUCGAUUUUUAGCAGUAGUGGCUCACCAACUUUUUUUUGAGGAGUGUAUGUUGAUUCGUCGACUCUCACCUAAUGUUUGAAAUUUGAGACUUUAUGUAGGGCUAUUCUCAGCCAUCCAUGUAUGUCAAACAUCGUUUUAGUUUCACAUUCUUCAUUUUCAACCUAGCUAAGGGGUGCUGGCCGCAGGGUCUUCUGCCCCGUCUUAUGGUUGGUGAAUUUGUAAUGUAGCUUGUUUGUUCUCCUUGGGGACCCCGAUUAAUAAAUGUUAUGACUUU